AACAUGAAAUGGAAAAUUAUCAUCUUCUGAAUGAUGAUCAAUUAUCAUAUUGCUAAACAAAUAUGAAACAUCGAUUUUUUUUUGAAAAAAAAGGAAUUUCACCAUAAUCAAUCAAAAAUAUUAGAUAGAUAGAACCAAUGAAAUGAUUGAUUGAAUUUCCAAUGAAAACAUGCACCGACAAUUAAUCGUUCAAUCAUCAUCAUCAUAUAUAUACAAAAUGAAUGAAGCAAAGGAAUGUUUACUAUCAUUUUCAUUAUAAUUUGAUCAAAUGACCGAAAAAAAGGUCAACAUUCUGUUUAUGUAUAUGUGUAUAGUGUGGUGGUAGAUGUUUUGCCUACGGCAAGUAAAAAAAAGUUGUUUAUCACCAACAUUAACAAUAUUCGUUAAGAUAAUGGAUGCUUCUGACAAAACAACAAACAAUAAUGCUGAAGGGUAUAUAAAGGGCUGUUGAAAUAAUACUGUAACCGGAUUAUUCUUCAUCGACUUUUAUCGUUGAGAAAAAAAAUGGAACAUUCAACAUUUUACAAGAUCACCAUAUUCAUGAUGAUAAGCCUGUGGACAAUCGUUGAUUCAUGGCCCAUCGUACCAUAUAGAUAUGAGAAUAAAUAUCCAGAGAAAUCAUAUCCAGAGAAAUCAUAUCCAGAAAUGAUUUACAAUUCCUAUAAUGACCAUUACCAAAAUCAAUAUUAUCGGCCAAAUUCGAAUCAUCAUCAAACAUCAGAGGAAAUGAUGAAUAAACGAAAAUUUCGUGAACAAGAAUAUGAAAUACUUGAUCAAGCUGAUUAUGGCGAAAGUGAACUUAUUAAUCAUUCUAUUGAAAAAGAAAAUCUAAAAGAUUGGUUUGAACCAGAAGCUGAAUUGAUUGAUUCGAGUAAAGUUUCAAAAGAUUUAAGAAAUGUCAGAUUUCUGAGAUUAAUCAAUAAAGAUGAUUGAAUUUUUAAUGUUAA